AAUAUUUAAUGGUAAUUUUCUGUAUUUUUAUUUAGUGAAAUAUAAUAUGUAAUUAAAAAUAACAAUACAAAAUGAGCAUCUUUAUCCCAUUUCUAAAUGGUGACCUAAAGCCAGAAAAACGAAGUGGACAUGUAUCUGUUUAUUAUCAAGGAUUACUUCUUGUGUUUGGAGGUUAUGGAGAAUUUGAUCAGUUCUUAUCAUCAAGAAACAUAUGGUGUUACAACGUGGAAGCAACUCAGUGGACAAGAUAUACAACAAAAGGUGACAUUCCUGGCAAUGCAACAGGUUCAUGUGUGACCCUGGUCGGUGACAAUAUGUAUUUAUUUGGUGGAUAUUACCAGAAUGAAGGACAAACAAAUUACUUGUACAGCCUUGACUUGAAAACGUUUACAUGGUACGAUUUAACGGAAAGUACCAAAGGGCGAAGGCCAUCUCCACGAGAUAAAUUUGGUUGUUGGACUAUUGGUAAUCAAAUCGUUUACUUUGGUGGUUUUGGUUUUCCUCCUGACAACUUGCACAAAGUGAAAGGAGAUUUUUGUUUUGAAGAGUUCCCACAAGGUUAUUCACGUGGUUUUGGAUGGAACAAUCAUCUAUUUUCCCUGGAAUGCUCUGAAAAUCUAAAAUGGAAACAACCAACAUGCAUAGGUAGACGACCACGCCCUCGGGCGGCAUUCGCUGCUACACAAAUUGGAACUAAAGGAUAUUUAUUUGGUGGUCGAUUCAAGGAUGAGCGGCGAGACGAUUUGUUUUGUUUGGAUUUAGAAACAUUUGAAUGGCAAGAACUAAUAACCUUGACCAAUGCUAUUCCUCCGGGUCGAUCUUGGCAUGUGAUGGCAAAAGCUUCAGAUCAGCAUUUGUUUGUGUACGGUGGUUUCAGUACCGAUGGUGACGCACUUAAAGACACGUGGCUGUAUAAUACAGAAAACAAUGAAUGGACUGAAUUAGAAAACGCCUCCAACCAUCUCGGUUGUUUUGCGCCACGUUUGUGGCACACAGCCUGUGCAACCGAUACGCCAGGUGAAAUUCUAAUAUUUGGUGGUUGCUCAAACUCUGUGUUGGGAUCUGAAAGCACAAUACACGCAAAUAAUGUUGCUGUUUUUAGAUUCUCGCCAGUAUCCUUACGAAGACUAUGUAUUGAUUAUAUUGUGUCAAAUGUUAGUCUGUAUCACGAGUACGUGAAGUCCUUACCGAAAUCUUUACAACGUAAUAUUUAUCAACGUUGCCAUGCAUUGGGGUUGGAUGCUACUAUUGGUCAUGGACAACUGGUCAGUAAAUGUAGUUUGUUGUGAAUCUGUCCCUCCUGAGCUUGUAGACUUACAGCAGGAUGUAUGAGGCGAAAAAAAGUGUACAUUAACUCGCAUGGCUUUUAUGUGCUGUCAUUUUUACGUACCUUAGUGCUACAGUAAGAUUCUAAAGGUGUCUAAUGUUGGCGAAAAUACUGUUUAUUAUUUUUAUUUUUAUUUUUUUCAUUGUUUAUCUUAAUGUAAACAUACUUCGCUUGUAAACCCUUUUUUGUCUUUAUCGUCACACACUCUUUUUUGUAUGAGAAACAUUUUUAUAAUUUACAGGAGGCUAAAAUACCUCAACAACACUAUGUUCAAAUGAAAUUCUGCGCUUGUUUUCACGACUAAAACUAUAGUUCGUACUAGGAAAUAAUUUCAAAGGAUGUUUAUAGUUUGUAAAAUAUUUAUACUGUUUCUUUAUAUCAUUAUAUUAAAUAAAUUUUUAUUAAAAAUGUGUAAAAACAGCCCUAUGCUACAUGGAAGUAGUCAAUAUUCUUCGAAUAAACGACACAAAAGAUCCUUAUCAGUGAAAUUGAACAUUUUGUUUUGAAUCAAAGCGUUUACUAGAGGAAAUAAUCUACUUGAGGGCGUGUUUGUUAUCAAAAUAUUAAAAAUAGGGAGGGGCGUUUAUUUAAGAUUGUACAGUAUAUACAUGAUUUUGAAGAAUUUUAUGUUCCAAUUCGUUAUGCGUUGUAUGUAUUUGUUAAAAAUGACGGCCAUGUUAAACACCUUAAAGCUAGAAAUUAUUGGUGGAAGAAAUUUUUGCGGGUUUUUUUUUUUUUUUUUUUUUUUUGCUGUUACAAAAUUCUUCAUUUCGCACAAUAUAUAUUAUGCAGAUGACUAUUGAUUUUCCCAAAAUAUAAGUAGAUUUAGUUUCAGUGGAGAAAAAAUCAAUAUUUUGUCUAACAUCGCUAUAUAGAUUCGACAGGAAAAAAAAGUAUAAAGAAAUGAAAAAUUUGGCGGAUUAUUUAAGAUUUUUAAGAUUUCUAAAAUCUGCCAAAAAGAAAUCUAUAUUAUCUAUAUUAUAUUAACCGUAUACGUCUGUCUGUCAAGCAAAAUGGUACUGCAAGUAGCAAGACCACGCAAUGCGGUAAAAAAGCGGACGGGCGAACCCGUGGAUUUUCGAUUUACGGGCCACCGACUAGUGCAUAAUUCCGUAAAAUCUUCUUCCGCCCGCAAAUAAUUUGUACCAAUUAAGAAAUAUUUUACAUGUACAUUUUAUACCUAAGAUUUUAAUAACUUUGUUAAAUAUGAUUAUGUUCUACGUUGCCAAAAUAUGGAGGUCUGGUACGUAGUAUCACCUUGGGGACCUCCAAGGUGUCACAAACAUUGUGUUCAUGUAAAGAUCACAUAAUUUUUCUAUUUUUCAUCCCGAAAUAAAAAAUAAUUUAUUCAAGCCCACGCUAAUAAUUAGAAAUAAUU